UUCAAUAAUAAAGGAAUAAAAUUUUGUUUUGAGAAUGAUUUUCAUAACAAUUUUUUUAAUUAUUUUAAUAAUUAUUUUAAAAAAAUUAAAUAAAAAUUAUAAUUUACUAGCCGGUUGUAGACGUAUUAAAAAUGUUGAUGGUACUCCACUGUAUGGUGUUAUUCCAUCUUUAACAAUAUUCGGAAAUAAUUUUGAUCUAAUUAGUUUAGAUGAAGAAAAACUAUUUAAAAUGGCACGUAAUGAUGCUAAAAAUGCUAAGAGAAGUUAUUUUAAAUUUCUGGUUGGAAAUCCAUUUUACGAAAUCAUUACUCCUGAAGAGUCCGAAUUAAUUCUGAAUAACACUGUGGUCAUUACUAAAGGUCUUCUAUAUAAUUUUUUGCACCCACAUCUCGGAACUGGUCUUUUGACAAGCACACAUCAAAAAUGGCAUACUAGAAGAAAAUUAUUAACGCCAUCAUUUCAUUUUAAUAUUCUUCAAAAAUUUUUAGAAACAUUUAAGGAUGAGAGUUUCAAAUUUAUAGCCAAUAUUAAGGAUGAGUCCAGUGAUAUUGUCAAUUUAUCCGACGUGAUUCCAAAAUUUACUUUGAAUACUGUUUGCGAAACUGCACUUGGUGUUAAUUUAGACGAUAUUGGCAAAAGUAAAGAAUACCGCGAAAAUAUUUCAGCUUCCGAACAAUUAUUUAUAAAACGCGUUUUCAAUCCAGUUAAACAUUUUGAUUGUUUAUAUAAAAUGUUUGAAGAACAUGAACCAUUCCAGCGCAUUGUAAAUGAAUUACAUAAUUUUUCUAGCACAAUUAUUAAAUUGAGAAGAAAUAUUUUCCAAAAUAAAGAUGUGACUCAAGAUUCCUUAAAACCAUCUUCAAAUUCUGAUGAUGAUAUAUAUUUUUUUAAAAAAGAAAGACGAGCAAUGUUAGAUACUCUCCUAGAAGCUGAAGAGAAGAACUUAAUUGAUCAUCAAGGCAUUUGUGAGGAAGUUGAUACAUUUAUGUUUGAGGGUUUUGAUACAACAUCAGCUGGAUUAAUGUUUGCUAUUUUAUGUUUAGGUACUUAUCAAGAAAUACAACAAAAAUGUUAUGAAGAAAUUUUACAAUUACCAGAUGAUUUUUCUAAAUUGACCAUCACUGAUUUGAAUAAUCUUCAAUAUUUAGAUUGUGUUAUAAAAGAAAGUUUAAGAUUAUAUCCUCCAGUACCAAUGAUUGCACGUAAAACCGAUGAAGAAAUUCAAAUUGGAAAUUAUAUUUUACCAAAGGGAUGCAAUAUUCAUAUUCAUAUUUUUGAAGUACAUAGAAAUCCACAUCAUUUUCCAAAUCCUGGAGUAUUUGAUCCUGAUCGUUUUCUACCAGAAAAUUCAAUAAAACGUCAUCCAUAUGCUUAUAUACCAUUUAGUGCUGGAAUUAGAAAUUGUAUUGGACAAAAAUUUGCUCUUUUAGAAAUCAAAGUAUUAAUCGCCAGUUUAUUAAAGAAUUACAAAAUUUAUCCAAAAACUAGAAUUGAAGAUAUUGUAUUUCAAGCUGGAUUGAUUCUUAGAAGUAAAUAUCCUCUCAAAGUUCGUCUCGAGCCCAGGCUUUUGAGAAUGAUUUUCAUAACAAUUUUUUUAAUUAUUUUAAUAAUUAUUUUAAAAAAAUUAAAUAAAAAUUAUAAUUUAUUAGCCGGUUGUAGACGUAUUAAAAAUGUUGAUGGUACUCCACUGUAUGGCGUUUUUCCAUCUUCAACAAUAUUUGGAAAUAAUUUUGAUAUCAUCAGUUUGGAUGAAGAAAAACUAUUUAAAAUGACACGUAACGAUGCUAAAAAUGCUAAGAGAAGUUAUUUUAAAUAUGUUGUUGCAACUCCAGUAUAUGAGAUCAUUACACCUGAAGAUGUUGAAUUAGUUUUAAAUAACACUGCGGUCAUUACUAAAGGUCUAGGAUAUGAAUUUUUGCAACCACAUCUUGGAACUGGUCUUCUAACAAGUACAAAUCAAAAAUGGCAUGCAAGAAGAAAAUUGUUAACACCAUCAUUUCAUUUUAAUAUUCUUCAAAAAUUUUUGGAAACAUUUAAAGAUGAAAGCUUUAAAUUUAUAAAUAACAUUAAAAAUCAACCCGAUGAUAUUGUCAAUUUAUUUGAUGUUAUACAAAAAUUUACUUUGAAUACAGUUUGUGAAACUGCACUUGGCGUUAAUUUAGAUGACAUUGGUAAAAGUGAAGAAUAUAGAAAAAAUAUUUCAGCUUCGGAAAGAUUUUUUAUGAAACGAAUUUUUAAUCCAAUUAAACAAUUUGAUGUGUUAUACAAAAUGUUUGAAGAAUAUGAGGCAUAUCAGAAGGUUGUUAAUGAAUUACACAAAUUUUCCAGUACAAUUAUUAAAUUAAGAAGAAAUAUUUUCCAAAAUAAAGAUAAAGACGAUAUACAAGAUUCUAAGAAACCUUUAUCAAACUCUGAAGAUGACAUAUAUUUUUUCAAAAAAGAAAGACGAGCAAUGUUGGACACCCUAUUAGAAGCUGAAGAAAAGAAUUUAAUUGAUCAUCAAGGAAUUUGUGAGGAAGUUGAUACAUUUAUGUUUGAGGGUUUUGAUACAACAUCAGCUGGCUUAAUGUUUACAAUUUUAUGUUUAGCUACUUAUCAAGAAAUACAAGAAAAAUGUUAUGAGGACAUUUUACAAUUACCAGAUGAUUUUUCUGAAUUAACAAUAGCAAAUUUAAAUAAUCUUCAAUAUUUGGAUUGUGUUAUAAAAGAAAGUUUAAGAUUAUAUCCUCCUGUACCAUUAAUUGCACGUAAAACUGAAGAAGAAGUAGUAAUAGGAAAUUAUAUUUUACCAAAAGGAUGCAAUAUUAAUAUUCAUAUAUUCGACAUACAUAGAGAUUCAUAUCAUUUUCCAAAUCCUGAAGUAUUCGAUCCUAAUCGUUUUCUACCAGAAAAUUCAAUAAAACGUCAUCCAUAUGCUUAUAUACCAUUUAGUGCUGGAGUUAGAAAUUGUAUUGGGCAAAAAUUUGCUCUUUUGGAAAUAAAAGUAUUAAUCGCCAGUUUAUUAAAGAAUUACAAAAUUUAUCCAAAAACUAAAUUGGAAAACAUUGUAUUUCAAACUGGAUUGAUUCUUAGAAGUAAAUAUCCGGUUGAAAUUCGACUUGAGCCCAGACAUCAUUAAAAUUUAAUUAAUAAAAUUUGAUUUAACAGAAAAUCAAUUUAAUUACAGAGUUUAAUUAAUCUUUUAUAAAUUUAUAUACUGAAUUGAGCUAAAUUAAUAAGCAGUUUUACUACGCUAUCAACAAUUAAGAAUUACUUCCAUAAAAUCA